GAACAGUUUGCUCCGCAACGAACCACACAAAUCACGGAUCCUUGAGUCCCCUUUAAUUCUUGUUAGAUUUGUCCUAUAGUUUCCAUAAAAGGGAGUAAUAUGUCCUCCAAAGAAACCAAAGCUUUGCUUAAAGAAAUACGGGAAGCUAUAAAAGCGGAGAAAUGCGAAGAAGCUAUUAAGAAAUGUGAAGAAGUACUGAAGAUAGAACCCAAAUCGUAUAUGGGGCAUCUGCUGCUUGGCGCUGCUUAUCAAAAUAGCAACAAACAGGAAGCUGCGAAAUAUUUGCGCAAAGCUGUGGAAUACUCGGCACCUCAACCACCAACUGUUGCUCUUCAGGGCCUUUCAAAUUGUGCUCCCAGCGAGGAAUUGCCAAAUAUCUAUGAACAAUUAAUAAAAUUAGUACCAGAAAAGCAACUGGACUAUUUUGAAAAAUUAUACAAUGUUUCAUCAAACAGUUCCAAAGUGGCCACUCAGUGUUUUCAUGCAUUUAAACGUCUCCUGGGAAGCGAAGAAGUCAAAACCCACAAAACUGUACUACUUAAAUACUAUGGUAGAAUAUUGAUACAAAGAGAUCUUCCUGCAGAAGAGGAGGACGAGGAAACGUACAAAGCCAGUUUGGAAGAGAUCUUAAAUGACAAUUCAUUGGAUGUUUAUCUAUCAGCCUACAAACGUUACCUCAAGCUCUUGUACAAACAACAAGAUUUGUCGAAAUGUCUGGAACAUGCAUGCAAGCUAGUCGAAAAUUAUCCCAAUGAUAUCUAUGCCUAUGAAUGGAUUUGUAAGAUCUAUUGCGAAAAUUAUGAUUUAUCGGAACAAAGCAAGUGUUUGGAAAGCAUGUCACAAAAUAUAGAAUACUAUGCCUCAAAACUUGGCGAAUUGAAUCCUCAAUCAAGUUUGGCUUUUCUCAUACAAGCCAUUGAGAAAUUUAAGGUCGAACAAUAUGUGGCUGCAAGAGAUAUAUUGUAUAAAGUGCUGGUGAUACAACCUAACUAUUCUGUGGCAAUAAAAUUAUUGGCACGCUGUGAAAUGCAUUUGGAAGCUUUUGGUUUGGCACAUGCCCUCUGGCAACAAUUGAAUGAUAGAACUAAUAUUGAAUAUGCAAUAUGUGUCUCGUAUGGUGUGGAUCAGGAAAAAUUGAACGAGGCCGUUGAAGUUCUAAAGGUACCGGAAGAAAAAUCCGAAGAGGUGGUUAGAGCUUUGGCAAGAUGCUACCUAAAAUUGGGGGAUGCUCGCAAUCUCAAUCGCCUACAAAUGAGUGAUGUUUCUAAAGCAGAGUUUUUCUAUUAUGAUUCACCUUCGGAAGCCAUUCAAUUUUUAGGCUCAACUUGGGAAGAUUUGGAAACCUAUAAUGCUUUGAUAUUACGUGCCCAUUACUAUUAUCAAUUGCAGGACUAUGAUGUAGCCCUGACAUGUGCCUUAAAAGCUACACGUUUAAGGCCAUACAGUUCCUUGUGCUUCUAUCAUUUGGGUAAAAUUUAUUUGGCCACCAAUGAUAUUGUGCGUUCACGAAAAUGUUUUGAAAAAUGUGUUUCAUUGAAUCCCAUAAAUGAGGAUGCUGUGGAAAAUCUUUCAUCAAUUUAUCAACAAUUGGGUGAAGAGGAUCUGAAUGUUGCCUUACUUUUGAAUACCUUGAAAAAAAUUAAAACGCCAUCGAAAUUUAAACACAUUCACUAUAAGCUGGGAUUACAUUAUUUGAAUGUGAAUAAUUGUGAUGAGGCCAUACAAUGCUUUCGUACGGCUAUUAAACAUGAUGUUUCUUGUAUGAUUUAUUGGGAAUCACUGGGUGAUGCUUAUGCAUCCAGGGGUUCGUAUAAUUCGGCCAUAAGGGUAUACCAAAAGAUUUUGGAAAUGGAACCCACCAAUGUUUAUGCCAAACUUCAGAUGGCCAUUAUGAAAACAACAAUACGCAUGUACUCCGAGGCUAUAGAAGAUUUUAAUAAUUUGUUAAAGGAGCAUGAAGAUUAUUUGCCAGCCUUAAAGGGGGCGGCCGAGGCCCAUAUUGGUUUAGCGAAUUUUUUGAAUCAGGAAUAUCGUUAUGGUCGGGCCAAGGACCAUUUUCAAAUGGCCAUCAAUUUGCUACAAAGAUGUUUUCUCAUGCCUGAAAAUCUAAAUAUGGUUUGGUUAUGGCGUCUAACGGCAAACGUUUUUGUCUCAACUGCCCAAAUGCCUGAGUCAUUGGCCAAUUUGGAUGUUAGUGGUAAACUGGCUAAACGUGAAUCUGAUAUAGCCUUUCUGACACGCAAAGAUUUACUGAGUUUGGCUCUUAGAUUUUAUACAUGUGCAUUGAAAAUCAAGCAAAAUACCUAUCUUUGGUAUGAGCUGGCCUUGUGUUCAUAUUACAGUACCAAUAUGUAUGGUGAAGAAGCUGAACAGCAUUUGGAAAUGGCUACAAAAGCCAGCCAAAUGGCCAUUAAGGAAGAUCCCAAUAGAUGGCAGAACUGGAAUUUGCUGGGAGUUAUAAAUAUGCAUAAGACCAUUAAUAAUUUACCACUUGCCCAACACUGUUUUGUACAAGCUCUCACACUGGAACGUAAAUCGUACACUACUUGGACAAAUUUGGGUGUUUUAUAUUUGAAAUUAAAUGAAAUUCGCAUGGCCAACCAGGCUUUCCAAAGAGCCCAACAAUCCUCUCCAGUCUAUCCAAAUGCUUGGAUUGGUCAAGCUAUGAUUGCUGAGUAUAUCAAGGAAGAAGAGGAGGCUGUGGACUUGUUUCGCCACUGUCAACAAUUCGAAUAUCAUCCAGAGUCAUCUUUGGGCUAUGCCCACUGGGUGUGUCAAAUUCUGUCGGACAAAGAGAAAUGCAAAUUACCCCAUUACAAGCAUGCCAUUGACUCCAUGUAUGCCGAUGUGGUUGCUUUUGAUGCCAUCAAUUGGUAUACGAUAAAUGAAGAGAAUGAUGCAUCGUCCAGUGCAUGGUCUUUCCUGGGUUUCCUUUGUGAACGUCAUAGACUAUAUAGAUUGGCCACAAAAGCCUUUGCCAAGGCAGCAGAAAAGUCGACGGGAAAUGAACGUGAUUUAAUGUUUACCAAUCUUGGUUAUAGCCAUUUGAAAUUGAACGAACCAAAUGAGGCUAUUAUGGCUUUUAAUAAAAUCGCUCAUGCCUCAUUUAAGCCAAUGAUUGGUUUAGCUUUGGCCUACUACAAGGCUGGUCAACACCAGGAGUCAUAUUCGGUAUACAAGUCGGUGCUGAAAAGUGUGGCAGGCAUUGAAGAUGACAAGGCAUCCAGAAUUUUGGUGGCCAUGGCGUCUAUGGUUUAUGCUUUUCAGGGUGAAGCCGAUACCAAGACAAUUUUAUAUCAAUGUAUUCUUUUAAAAGACUCACCCAUACAAGCCUUGUUCUCCGCCUGUGCCUUGGGUAUUUUGCAUCAAGACAAUCAAUUAUCCGAAACCAUAUUGACCGAGCUUAAGAAACGUGAAAAUUCAGAAAAACAUGUGGCCGAUAUUGCCUAUUUAACAUCCCAAUAUUAUUUAGUGAAUAAACAACCUCGCAAAGCUCUGAGCUAUCUUAUGACACGUGUUCACAUUUUCCCCCAUUGUGCUCAAUUACGUAAAGUUUUGGCCAAUUUCCUAUUGGAUAACUAUGGCCACAAACGUCAAUAUCAAACUGCCACCAGCCAAAUAGCCCUGAGUGCCAUUGCAUUGGUACAUUCGAGCAAAACAAAGAAGAGUGACUCUCUGGAAGAUUCCCAAACACUAUUGGUUGCCAGCCAAGCUUUACAGCCAGUGGAUAAUAGGCGUUCCUUGAAACUCAUACAAAAAGCAAUUUUAUUGCAUCCAAGAAAUGUUAAUGCAUGGAAUGCUCUAUUGGCUGUCAAUUGAAGUUGCAAUGAUAUAUUUUUACGAAAUGGUGAAAUAAUUAACAAAUAAUUUAUAGAGUUAUUAAUUUUUUACAGUCCUAUACGCAUGAAUAAAGGAUUCAAAACUACAAAACAUUUCAC